AUGUGCCAUCUGCCGGUGGGGGUGGAGCACCAAGCUUCUUGGGCAGUAAAAGAAAUGAAUUUGAAUGCCAAAGAUGGCGCUGGGGAGAGAAAGUUGCAGCUGCAGGAGCUUGAAGAGCUCCACCUUGAUGCCUAUGAUUCGGCCAUGUGGAACAAAGAGAAAAUGAAGAUGUGGCAUGAUAAGAACCUUCGUAAGAAGGAACUCAAGGUGGGCCAGAGAGUGCUUCUCUUCCAGUCCAGACUCAAAUUGAUGUCCGGGAAGUUGAGGUGGAGGUCGAUCGGCCCUUUUACCAUUGUUGCCAUCAGAGUAAAUGGGGCAGUUGAACUCUAG